AUGUUGUCCCUUACGCGUAUUGGCCUCGCCUCCCAAAGACAGCUUUUGAGACCUUCCUUGCUUCAGGCUGCUCGUUCCAUUAAGACCAUUCCACAGCCUCCAGGACACAUUGUGGGUACUGUGAACGAUGCUUACGUUCCACCAAAGCCAGCCAAGCUGCAUGGCUCUGCUCACUGGACCACUGAAAGAGCUGUUGCUAUUGGUCUUGUUCCUUUGAUUGGUGCUUCUUUCUUUAGUGGUCCAUCUGUGGUUCUUGACUCCACCUUGUCCGCAUUCUUGCUUGCCCACUCGUGGGUUGGUUUCCAGUCGUGUAUCAUUGAUUAUAUUCCAUCGAGAGUGUACGGCUCCUACCACAACUACGCCAUUUACUUGUUGACUUUUGGUACUGGUGUGGCUGCUUACGGUGUGUACGAGCUUGAGAAGAAGGAAGAGGGCGGUGUCACUGGUAUUGUUGCCAAGCUCUUCACUGCUUAG